AUGUUUACCCUUCCUCUGGUCAUUGCCCUUCUCAGCCAGUCGGCGAUCAUCGCCACUGCGCCGGUUAACUCUAUCAAGGCUCGCGACAACCUCGACGACAUCGAGGCUGCUCUUGCUCCGGUCUCUCAGUCACUUGCCCAGGUUGACGCCGCCGUCCUUGCUCUUGAUGGCGGUCCGGUCACUGCCAACAACCUCCUCGUCUUCUCUCAGCAGGCUGAGGCCACCACCAACCAGGCCACUCUUCAGAUCCAGCAAUCCGGAAGUCUUGGGGCCAUCAGAGCUGCCAGGCUUCGCCGCAUCACCGAUGGUCUCCUCGAUCAGACGACCACCACGGUCACUGAUCUCGUCUCAAGGAAGCCUGUUCUUGACAACCUGGGUGUGAGCGGUGUUGCCUUGGAUUCUCUCCAAAGGCAGAAGAUUUCCACCAUGGCUCUCACUGCCGCGCUUGAAGAGAAGGUCCCUAGAGUUGGACAGAGAAUCGCCGAGGAGGACAGAGCUCAGCUUGAGAACGUCCUCGAUCAGGGUAUCGCCGCCUACUCCCAGCCCGCUGUCCAGGCAGUUCCAGUCACUGUCAUCCCAGCUGCUGCCCCGGCUCCCGCUCCUGUCCCUGCGCCAGGCAUUGUUGUUCCCGCGGCCCCAGCUGCUGGUGCACCCCCGGCUGCUGCUCCGGCGCCUGCUGCUCCUGCUCCUCCUGCUGCAGCACCUGCCCCGCCUGCUACUGCUCCCCCAGCUGCUGCACCUGCUGCACCACCUGCUGCUGCUGUGCCCGCCGAUCCUAAUGCCCAGCCAUCCGCCGAGCAACCUGCUGCUGGCUGGCCUGAGGCUGCGAACCCUACUCAGCCUGAGCCUGCUGCUGGCGCUCCUGCUUCUCCUCCUCCCGCCGCUGCUCCGGCACCGGCACCCCCAGCCGCCGUUCCGGCUCCGGCCCCGGCCCCGGCUGUGCCCGUCGCCGUUGUCCCGGCCCCCAACAGCCCUCCUCCUCAAGUCACUCCCCCCGCUGGCCGCAGGGAUCGCCGCAGGAAGAAGAAGGCUGGUGCCAAUGUUCUCAACUCCGCCCAGGAGUAA